AUGACCGUCAGCUACGACUACCCGCCCUCGCGGUGCCCUGCACCUGCUUCAAUGGCUACGCUCGAAGACAGAUUUGAGGUCAUCAAGGAGGUCGGAGAUGGUAGCUUUGGUAGCGUUGCAGUGGCCCGUGUACGCACAGCCGGCUCCAAUAUCGCGAGACGAGGGACUAUGGUUGCAAUCAAAACGAUGAAGAAAACUUUCGACUCAUUGGCCCCUUGCCUGGAGCUGCGCGAAGUCAUCUUCCUACGGACUCUUCCCGCCCAUCCCCACCUUGUCCCAGCCCUGGACAUAUUCCUUGACCCGCUCUCCCGAAAACUCCAUAUCUGCAUGGAAUAUAUGGAUGGCAACCUUUACCAAUUGAUGAAAGCUCGAGACCACAAGUACCUUGAAGGGAAACACGUGAAGAGCAUUCUCUAUCAGAUCCUGGCUGGUCUUGAUCACAUUCAUGCUCACCACUUCUUCCACCGGGACAUCAAGCCCGAGAACAUCCUAGUGUCGACAUCCGCUCCCAAUGACUCGGCAUUCAGCCGCUACUCAAACCUUGUCACUCCUCCUUCGACACCCCCAACCUAUACUGUGAAGAUCGCCGAUUUUGGCCUCGCCCGAGAGACUCAUUCGAAGUUGCCGUACACAACGUAUGUUUCGACUAGAUGGUAUCGCGCGCCGGAAGUUCUCCUGCGUGCAGGAGAGUACUCUGCCCCAGUGGAUAUGUGGGCUGUUGGUGCUAUGGCCGUCGAAAUCGCUACUCUGAAGCCCUUGUUCCCUGGUGGCAACGAGGUCGACCAAGUUUGGCGCAUCUGUGAGAUUAUGGGCAGUCCUGGUAACUGGUAUAGCAAAUCAGGCACCAAACUUGGCGGGGGUGAAUGGCGGGACGGCUCCCGUUUGGCGCAGAAGCUGGGUUUCACUUUCCCCAAGAUGGCACCUCAUUCGAUGGAGAGCAUCCUGCAAACUCCUCAAUGGCCAGCAUCUUUGAGCCACUUCGUGACAUGGUGUCUAAUGUGGGAUCCGAAGGCCCGGCCAACUUCAACCCAAGCGUUGAACCAUGAGUAUUUCGCGGAUGCCGUUGAUCCACUGCGACCAAAAUCCUCUACAUCACGGCUGCUCGGUCGCAAGCAGUCCGACAAGAGCUUCCGAUCGGCAACGCGAGAUUCGAGCGACUCCCCGACCACCUCCAAGCCGUCCUGGUUCAGAAGAUCUUUGAUCGGGAGAUCGGAGAGCCCUGCCCCAACCUUGGAAAAUGAACAGUCUCUCCGUCCACCAGCAGUGUCGUACAACACUACACCCGACAUGCAAGUCACCAAAAGCAGACCCGCUUUUGCAAAGCGCGCCACGUGGGCGAAUGGGGCCCCGAUGCCUAUCCUCCCCUCCAUCCGUCCGGUAUCGCCCCUAUCCAACGCAGUCACGGCCCAAGCCAACUCAACUCUCGCUCAUGGUGGAGAUAACGCCAAUCUAGGUGUUGGUAAAGUUAGCAAGAAGAUUGGCCGCCAGCUUUCUCUCAAUUCCCACGGCAACCACUACGCCGAGACCCACCGGCAAGAGGCCGAGAGGGCGCUCAAUGGGGCCGGCAACUUGAAUGCCCCCAUUAGCCAGAAGGAGGGCUUUUUCGCUCAUCUCCGUAAGAGGGCUCGCAGGCUAUCAGGUCGCAAUCAAGCUAAUCUGGGAACCGAUGACGUCGAAGCGAACGCUGGCUGCAUGCCAUGGUCGAACAGAUCAUCUCUCGCGCUGGAUUCUGUCAAUCCCGGGGACGUCAAGCACAAUGACCUCACCGAGUUAGACAAGGCUUUACAGCAUGUCAAAUACUCUCUUGACUCGGCCGCUAUCGGAAACGUCCCUGUCCAGAUCACUGCUGGCGACGCUAGCAAGCGUCAGUCGAUGCCUCAGGGAUCCAUUCGUUCAAUGACAGAGAGCCCCGUUGCCACGGGUGCUACUCCCGGGCCUAUCUCGAGUCGGACUCGGCGUGCACUGCAGAUGUCCACUCAUCCCAUUCACCGUUACGAGACCCCUGAGGAGGAGGAUGAGCUUCUCGAUGAGGUUUUGCAUUCGGCAAGCAAGGCUGCUAAACGCCUGGCACAGCAUGAAACGUCAUCGGAUGCUUCGUCUACAUACAGUCGUCAAGCUCUUGGGAAUGACGGCUCUCGCCCUUUACCCAGCCCCUACCCAACUCCUUCGCCAUCUGCCAAGUGUGAUGGCGUCUCCUUUGGUCAGCAUGACCUGACUUAUUGCAGACGCGGACGUCUCCCUGAAGCAAAGAUCGACCAUGCAAGCUCGACUCGUCAAUGGCCCACUCCUCCCUACGAGGAAGGCGACUGGAUGAACCCGACUUCAUCCACUUUGUUGACAGGAUCUACCUGCAAAUGA